AUGGCGAGCCCAGUAUAUACCUUGACGUCCUCGAACGCCAACCCGCCUCAAAACAAGACGAUCCUCAUCACCGGUGGAGCCAGUGGUAUUGGUCUCGCAACAGCACUAUAUCUCCACACACCACAAUGCAAGAACAACGUCAUUGUCUUAGACCGAGCACCCUCGCCGCCUUCAAUCGACGAGUUGACCAAAUCGCCACGCUAUCUUUACGUCCAGAGCGACAUCUUGAACUGGGCAUCCCAACGUGAUGCUUUCGCCCGCGGGGCUGACAAGUUCGGCCGCAUCGACGCUGUUUUUGUCAAUGCUGGACUAGCAGAGAUCGGGGAGCAAAUAUGGACAGAUGUCUACGACUCUCAAGGUAAACUACAGGAACCGAACCGAGCAACCAUCGACGUCGACAUCCGAGCUCUGGGAGACACUUUAAAGCUAGCCAUGUACCACCUCCGCAACGACUCUAAGCCCAACGAAAAGAAAGGCUCCGGCAAAGGCCAAGGCGGAAGCAUCGUCAUGACAGCUUCCUUAGCAGGCUACCUCGCCUCCGCCGGUGCACCGCUCUACUCAGCCGCCAAACACGGCGUCGUAGGCCACAUGCGCGCCCUCAAAAACGACUGCGCCAAAGCCGGAAUCGCCAUCUCCGUCAUCGCGCCAGGCAUAACUCUCACGAAUAUCAUUCUUGGCCGUCGCGAUGGACAGAGCUUGGAGGACUGGGGCAAAGACAUGGCUUCGAGAGGCGUGCCGAUUAAUGAUGCCGAGACGAUUGCGCUCACGGUUGCGAAUCUUAUGGGUCAGGGACUGAAGGCUAAUGGGAGUGGGGUGUUGAUCCAGGCGAAUAAGUGUCAGGAACUUGAGGGUGGGAUUGCGAAGACAAGGGGGCAGUGGAUGGGGAAGGAGAUGCUGGAGUUGUUCAGGGGUGGGAGGAAUGCUCCUCUCUUCCCCAAUAAGCUGUAA